AUGGCCGGGUCUCCUGCACUGCUCCUCCUGCUCGCUCUGGGGCUCUGCUGUCCUGGGGUCCACGGCCAGAGCUACAGUAUGACGGUCAGGUUUCGUGACAGCAGCGUCACACACCCCCAGGUGGGACAGCGGCUGGAGCUGGAAUGUCUGACCACUAAGGAUGACAGCGGCGCAUUCUGGGUCCGCCAGGACAAGGAUGGGACCCUUCACUUCAUCGUCUUUAUCUCCUCCUUGUCCCGGACCACCUUCGAGUGGAGCCAGAAGACGUCCACACGCUUCGAGGCAAUGAAAGACAGCAAGUUCUACCGGUUGGUAGUGAAGUCUUUCAAGCCGCGGGACGAUGGGAACUAUUUCUGCCUCAUGAACAGCAACCAAGUGCUGUACUUCAGCCCUGGCCUGCCUGCCUUCCUCCCAGUCUCCACCACAGCGGCACCCACCACCCCGGCACCCGCCACCCAGCAUGGCGUCACCACAAAGGACCCCUGCCUGAAGACCCCGGACCCAGAGACCAGCAAGGAGAAAGAGCUGAAUUUCUUCUGCGACAUCUUCAUCUGGGUUCCUUUGUCAGGCGCCUGCCUCCUGCUCCUCAUCGGCCUGGCAGUGACCAUCGUGCUGUGCCAACAAACCAGAAGACGAAGAUGCAGAUGUAAAAGACCUGCAAAUGGGAAGCCCAAUGUGAAACCGAGCACGCCAAGCCGACAUGUGUAA